UUUGAGCGAAGGGAGAAAGGCAUUUGAAUAAUCACUGCCGUUAGGGAUUUGUUACAGAAAAUGGCUUUGCAGAAUGUCUGUGGCUGGGAUAUAGAUUCUUCAGUUCAGCCAACAAGAAAUAGCCUCCAUCCCUUUCCAAAUAUGAUUGUAUCACAUGCUCCUUGUGUACUUCAGAGAGCUCAUGACUUUUCUUCUUCUCACCAUCGCAGCGCUGGCCCCCCACCACCGGAACAUGGCACUACCACCCUUGCCUUUCUGUAUGCAGAUGGUGUUGCUGUUGCAACUGACUCACGUUCCUCUGCUGGAAAGCUUGUCUCCAGCCCCGACUCCCGCAAAGCAUUUCUUAUCCACAGUCAUUUGCUGGCCACCACUUCAGGCAGUGCUGCUGAUUGCCAGUUUUUUGGACGAGUUUUGGCCAGGGAGUGCAGACUGUACCAGGUGCGGAAUGGGUACAUGCCAAGCGUCCGAGGAGCAGCUCGAAUGUUGAGCGUCCUGAUGAUGCCUUUUCGGGGAACAAAAGUUUGUGCUGCCGUAACUUUAUGUGGCUGGGAUAGAGAUGGCCCUUGCAUCUGUUACGUAUAUAAUGAUGGAACUCGCAUCUGCUCAGAUAUCCUUUCGGUUGGAUCAGGCUCUCCAUUUGCCUACAGCAUUAUUGAUGAUGGUUACAAACCUGGAAUGAAGGAAGAAGAAGCCCGCCAGCUUGCUAGAAGAGCAGUGUGCCAUGCAGGCCGAAGAGAUGCCUAUUCUGGCGGAUUAGUGGAUGUGUACUGGGUGAGAGAGGGAGGCUGUGAAAUGGAUCCUAGGGAAGACUUAUCACAACUUUAUGAGUGUAUAGUAGAAGAAAAAGUGCUGACAAACAAACUUCAGAAGCUGCCAGCUCCCGAACAAUCCCUAUAAGUCAUUUUUGUGACACUAUAGUUGCUUAUUACAACCAUAUCAUAUUAAAUAUUGUGAUAUAUCCAAUCACCAAUGUUUUUCUAGUAUUUAGCUUUUAAUUGAAUGUGAUUUUAAAGCAGUAUUAAACCCAAAACAAAAAAUAUACUAUAUUGCAA